UUGCGGGCUUCCUCAAUCUUCAAUCUUUCCUCUCAUCUUGAAAUCGACGACGCGAUUCUACCAACAACGCUCCCCUCGACGACGCCCCGGAAGACGCCCAGAGAGGACUUCGUCGACACUUUGAUCGGUUCCCCGUACAGAUUUGCACCCAUUACGCCGCCCACUGCGGCACCGCGCGGUAUGGUCACCAAGGAAUUCCUCGACUCGGACAGAGUCAACUUCCUCAUCUGGAGAUACAUGUUGGAGAGCAACUACCGCGAGACCGCAGUUAAGCUUCAAAAGGAGUGGCAUUGCCCGCAACCUCAUCGCCAGUUUGAUUUCGCAAAUCACGUCAAGAGCCAUGCGCUAGUGUCCAUCAUCAACAAAGGUCUCCUCUACCAGGCCCUCGAGAGGGAACACGCAAAGAAAUUGGUGCCUCAAGAUGCAACGGCAACAGCCGAAGCAUUGCAGGUGGGGUUGUUUGGGCCUUUGAUCCCUCAACCGCCUCACAAGAUCGAGGAGGAUGAGGAUGCGGACGGGGAGGUGGACGACACGGAAAUGGAGGUCGAAAACACUCGAAAACGCCAACUUGACAGCCGGCCACAGCAGCACUUGGUGAAUGGCGGCUCACCCAGCAAGCGGCCCAGGCUCAGCAAUGGGUACGAAAGCACGAACGGGGCGGAUGCAGCCACGGACCCCAUGGAUCUAGACAGCCACGGGGACAACCACGCCUACCCGUCGCCCCUGGAAGGCGAACAAGCUCCAACGCCUACCCCGAGAACAGACGGCCCCGAGCAGGGCACGCAGGUCGACAAAGUCCAGGAACUCACGACAGAAACGACAUUUCUGCGAUUAAUGUCCGAUGACACCACGACCAACUCGCAGGACGGCGACGCGACGACAAUGCCAGCGACCGGUACCGCUUCGCCCUCGCCAGCCAACGGCGAAAAUGCACCCAUUCUGUUGCGCUGCGAGUGGAACCCCAAAGACCCAUCCAUCUUGGCGGCUGCUGGAACCGAUGCGCUAGCCCGAAUUUGGACCAUCUCACGUUCAAGCACUAUGACGCCUGUGUCAGCUCCCGACGCCGACGGUCACGUGCACGGCGUCCACCGCCCGUACCACAAUCUCAUCGACGACGAGACGCCCAAGUCGGCCACCGUUGGUCAGUUGGCAUGGAACUGGGGGGGAACUGCGAUCGCCGUCGCGGCAGAGUAUGCUGUUCACAUCUGGGCCAAGGAUGGCUCUCAUGUCGACAAGUUCGACGUCUCGGACCCUCCGGUCAUCAAGCUUCGAUGGAGCCCAAGCGACGCCGCCCUCUUGGCCAUCGCCCCCGAUAACAGCAACGGCAAUGGAAAUGGUGGCGCCCUCGUGACCGUCUACCACUCUCUGACCUCAAACACCAUGUCCUACUUCUUGCCAAAUCACGACCUGCUCAAUUGGCCCCUCGACGCAGCAUGGACGAGCGAGACGGAGUUUCUGCUUACCGGCGGCGACGUGAUGAUGUCGCUGCGCUGCACCGAGACGGCCAUUUUGCCGAACAAGAAGUUUGAGAGUCGGGAGGACGACACCUUCACUCAAGUUGCCUAUGACUGGCGUUCAAAAUUGAUUGCCACAUCAAGCGACAAGGGUAUCCUGGAUCUCUGGGAUGAAAAUGGCCAGCGCCGCUCAAUAACGGCUCACACCGGUGCCAUCACAGCACUGCAAUGGCAACCCCUGCAAGGCGACUCGAACCCACACGAAGACGAACGACUCAUCGCAACCGGAGGCGACGACUGUGCUAUUUUGAUUUGGAACGCCAAGUAUCCCGACCAGAAGGCGAAGUCCUACUUGACGAUGGAGUCACCCAUCGUGGCUGUCGCCUUCACCCCUGACGGUGCCUUCAUUGCAGGAGCCACGGCGGGACACAUCCUUAUUUGGAAGGUUGGCGAACAUACGAUGCCGCGUGCCAGCUGGAGCAGAGCACCGCAUCCAGGCUGGCUCAGCCCCAAGGCCAACUCAGAGCCGGAGGAGGAGGACGAGCACUGCUUGUGCUGGGACGCCGACGGACAGAGACUGGCCUACGGAGCCAACAGUCGACUGGCUGUCAUUAACUUCAGCCGGUAG